AUUAUUAUUUUAUUUAUACCUUUUGUUAUUGCUUUUGGAAUCCCUUUUUAUUUAUUAUUUAAUAGAAACUUUAAGGUGGAGGGCACGUCUAAUGAUGCUAUCAGCCCAAGAAACAAUACAACGGAGGCCGCUCCAGAAUCCCCUUCAAAUCCCAGCGGCAAAGCCUUUCUCUUCGACCGUCUUCCCUACUCUCUCUUCACGACUUUUAUGUUAAUUCUCGGAGAGAUGAAAUAUCCCCAUACUGUGUUUAAAUAUCAGCCCCUACCACAUCCGGGCAUUAGUUAUGUCAUAUAUAUAAUCUUCUGUGUCUGUAUGCCCAUCAUUAUCAAGAAUUUGCUCAUUGGCUUGUCCGUUGGUGAUGUUAAUCGUAUUCUACAGACAGCGAAAAUGGAACAGCAUUCGAUGCAGGUUGAAUUACUUCUGGAACUCGAGCGUGCUACGCCAAGAAAGGUGUUGCGUAAAAUCUGGGUUUCGUAUUACGUUGAAUUUCCAAACAGGAAAAAAACAUGGAAGCAGAAACUAAUGGAAUUUGGAUCACCAAAGAGGACGACAUCCAAUCAAGAUUCAUAUGUCAAUCCCGCUUUGUUGGCAAUAACAGAACAAGUGAAUAAACUCACAAAGAAGGUAGACCAACAAGAAGAAAGGUUUCGCAAUAUUCUUCGCAUUCUGAAUCGAAUGGAUGGAAGACUCGCUGAGAUGAGUAACAACAGACCUCAGGGUGGAGGAGUUGGGAAUGCCGAAACUGUAAGCCAUGAAGAAGAGGACGACGAUCCUGAUAUGGCACCGGAAGUCAACAGAGAAACACCGCCAUUUCGCCGUGGUUUCAGAAGAACUACAACAUCUCAUAGACAACCGGAUGAGUACAAGCACACUACCUCAGUGUGAAGAUCACUUAAGAGUCAUAUAUUUUAUAAAUAUUCUCAUUAUUUUUACUGAACGUAAAUCAGAUAUUUUAUGUGGACAAUUUUU